UUUUUCUCCACCAUCUUUUCCAGUUUGUUUGGAACUCGAGAGAUGAGGAUUCUCAUCCUGGGACUGGACGGAGCAGGAAAAACCACCAUUCUGUACAGGUUACAAGUUGGAGAAGUUGUUACCACCAUUCCGACUAUUGGCUUCAACGUUGAGACAGUGACAUACAAGAAUCUGAAAUUUCAAGUUUGGGACUUGGGAGGACAGACAAGCAUAAGGCCAUAUUGGCGGUGUUAUUAUUCCAAUACAGAUGCAGUCAUUUAUGUAGUGGACAGCUGUGAUCGAGACAGAAUUGGCACUUCCAAAUCAGAGCUUGUUGCUAUGUUAGAGGAGGAGGAGUUGAAGAAAGCCAUUUUGGUGGUGUUUGCAAAUAAGCAGGACAUGGAACAGGCCAUGACCCCCACAGAAAUGGCAAAUGCACUUGGCUUACCAGCGUUGAAGGACCGAAAAUGGCAGAUCUUCAAAACCUCUGCAACUAAAGGCACGGGGCUUGAUGAAGCCAUGGAGUGGUUGGUGGAGGCCUUGAAGAGCAGGCAGUGACACAGUGAACCUGCGGAGCAGUUUCAGCUGUGUCCAACACCCCUCUGCCUGCUGUCACGUGUUUUCAGGCCACAAAUACUUGUAAAUAGGACGGAUUUGAGUUUGACUCCUGUGACAUGGAUGCCUCUCUUGAAUUGUAAAACUGAACCAAGUGAAUGUCUGUGUACAUUGUGAUAUUCCAUUUCUUUCUGUUUAAAGGAUGUACUUAUGUUAAUUCGUAUGAAAGGCUUACUGGCUGGCAAAGUUGUUUUUUUUUCCAACCCCCCCCCCCCCCCCCUUUGGUGGUUUUCACUAUAUUUGUGUAAUUAAAACACUAAUAAAAUCUGGAACUGUCAGCU